AUGACAAUCCAAUGUAUCAAGCUUACUUCAUUCCAAGAAUCAGCAAACAGUAAGGAAGCUAUUGGUGACCUCAAUUCACAAGUGGAUCCUUAUUUCGAGUCUAUGAUGAGUGUGGAUGGUGCUACUGAAAAUCACUCGUCACUUCUACAGGAUCCUUAUCAAGAGUGUGUAUGGAGUAUUGGUUCCUCUGCUACUGACAGCCCCACCUCACCAGAACUGGAUCCUGUUUCGGAGUCACUUCUACAGGAACCUUAUCAAGAAUGUGUAUGGAGUAUUGGUGCCUCUGAUGCUGACAGCCCCAUCUCACUAGAACUGGUAGAUCCUGAUUCAGAGUCUGUUAUAAUAGAUGGUGAUUCUGACAACCCCACUUCACCAGAAUGUGAUUCUGAAUCUGAAUUGACCGUGGAUGCCACUACCGAACACCUCAUAUCAACAAUAUUUAAGGGUACUUCAGUAGUAAAUAGGUGCAAGAGGCACUUAGUGAAAAGUAAAUUUGAGUAUUCAAUAUCAAAUCAUGUUACAACACAUCAUGCUGAAAGUGAUGCUGAUAAUGAAUUAUGUGCAUUAGGAAUUGAUGAUGCUGCAGAAGGUGAUUCUGUCACAUCCAUGGAGUCUGAUGACAAGACUAUGGGUAGUGAAGACAAGAAUGAUGUCACAAACUGUGACAUCAAAGUAAUGCGUUCAAACAAUAGUGUAAGGAGGAAAUUUGACAAAGGAGCGUACUGUCCUUUCUGCCACAAACUCCAGAUGAAACUUACAAGACAUUUAGUUUGUAAGGAACACCAACACGAACCCCAGGUAAUCCAGUGGUUAAAUACAAGUGACCCACUCUUGAAACUUGAGAGGUUAACAAGGAUGAGAAACUCAGGAAACUUUUAUCACAAUACACAGGUAUUAAGAGAAGGUAAAGGAACAAUAAUUCCUGUGUAUAGACCUACUCAUGAAGUCAGUUAUAAGAACUAUGUACCAUGUAUGUCUUGCUUUGGCUUCUUUGCUAAGGCAGAUUUAUGGAAGCAUUCUUGCAAGGUAAAGAAAAGUAACCAGGAUAGCAAGCUGACUGGAGGUGAGAAGAAGAAAAAACAAAAGUUGAUUAGUCUAAGCUCCUUUCUGCUACCAACAACUGGUGAUGCAAGUGAACGGGUCAAUAAAAUAUUUUCAAGCAUGAGGGAAGAUGAUGUGUCAGCUCUCAUCAAGGACGACAUGCUUGUGAAAAAAUUGGCAGAAAAAGUGGUUUUCAAGUUAGGGCAAGAAGAAGAGCACUUUUAUGACAUCAAAGGCAAACUUCGCAAUAUCGGGCGACUGUUACUUGCCUACAGGGAGAUCACAAAUGAGAAAAAUGCAUCAUUCUCAGAUGUCAUUGACCCUGUGAAGUUCAGAAAUGUUGUAAAAGCAGCCAGAUGUGCAGCAGGGUGUAAUGGGAAGAAACACAUGCCUAGUCUUUCAUUCACUCUGAAAAUAAGGUAUACAUUGAAGCAUGCAGGAGGAAUACUCCUUGGAAUGGCAGUUUGUGACAGAGAUGAAGGUUUGGAGACAAGAGCAAAAAACUUCAUCAAAUUAUGUGAACAUGAAUGGAAUGAUCAAAUGGCUUGCCAUUCUGAAAAUGCAGAAAUAUUGAAGAGUACAAAGUACUCGUCUCUCACAAAUGAUGUAAUGAAGCUAUCAAUUUAUUUGAAUCAAAAGGUACAGGAAGGAAAGGAGGCCCUACACCAGUCAAUAAAAAAUGUAGCUGGGCCAUUCACAGAAUUGAGUGAGGUGGUCUUAACGUCAGUAUUGGUAUUCAAUUGCAAACGAUCCGGUGAUCCAUCGAAGAUUAAAGUGUUUGAUUUUGAUGAGUGUGUCUCAGGAAACAAUGGAAAGAGCACGCUUGGAGGAUUAACAGAGUUUGAGAAACAGCUCUGCAGAGUGAUGUGGGUGAUGGAAACCACCGGAGAGGAUGAUAGGAAAGUGCCUUUGUUACUAACCCAAGGUGUGAAAGAAGCCAUGAAUCUUCUCAGACGUAGACGUACAGAUGCAGGUGUCUUGGAUGAGAAUCCUUUCUUCUUUCCUCUCCUCAACUCUACAGGUCAUAUCAAAGGGAAUGAUGCAAUCCAUACGCAUGCAGUUAGGUGUGGUGCAAAACAUCCAGAGAACAUCCAAUCAACAGAGCUGAAACAUCACAUUGCUACCAUUUAUCAGGUGAUGAACUUGAGAAAGAAUGAACAAGGUAUUUUGACAUUGUUUCUUGGACAAGGCAUCGGAACACCCCAUCAGGACUUUGGCUUACCUGAAGACGUGUUAAUAGUGGCAAAAGUGUCAAAGCUUCUGUUUUUGAUGGAGAAUGGAGCAAUGCCAGAAAUGGCAGGAAAAACACUAGCUGAGAUCCUUGUAGAUGAAGUUGUGCCUAUGGCUAAGUCCCUUGAAGCACCUGAUCAUGAGAAGGAUGGAUUACUUGUAGAUGAUGAGACAGAAUCACAUGGGCAAAAUACUUGUAACCAUGCAGUCCUGAAUGCUUCAAAAAGCCCUGCAAAGAAGGAUGCAACAAAGAAGAAAACUUCCAGGGAAAGAAUCAAGCAGUCUAAGAAAGCAACCAAGAAACAGAAAUGGACAUACAAGGAAAAGUUAGCAGUAGCAACUGCUUUCAGGUCAUAUAUGACCAGCCAUAGUCAUGUAAAAACACUCCCAGGGAAAGCUGAAAUUGAGACUGCUCUCUCUAAAACACCAUGUUUGAGUUCCCGCACAUGGAGGAACGUAAAGGACUAUAUACGCAAUAAUCAGUAUAAGGCUUAUUGACAAGAUGUUCUCUAGUUAUGAACAGAAUGAGGUAAGAAAAUAAAGCUGUGUCAAGGGAAAUGAGUUGGAGGAUACAUUUAUUUUCCAAUUUUCUCAUCAAUAUGGAUACCAAAUAUGACUUGUAUUCUUGCCUGUUUAACACAAGGUCAACAGCAGUGAUAUUUCUUUAAUUUUGUUUCAGCAAAUAUUGUGUUCCCUAAAAAAUUGGCAAAUUUCAUGCAUAAGAAGCCCCAGAGGCCACUUCCAUUGACCAAUGGAUAUCAUGCGAUUCCAUAGUUUAAAAAAAAAAAUCCUUUAACAAGUAUGUGAGAACCUACAUAACCUUGCUCCACCCUCAAAGGACAAGUCCACCCCAACAUAAAGUUGUUUUGAAUAAAAAGAGGAAAAUCAAAGAAGCAUAACACUGAAAAUUUCAUCAAACUUGAAUGUAAAAUAAGAAAGUUAUGACAUUUAAAACUUUCGCUCAAUUUCACAAAAUAGUCAUAUUGAAAUCCAGAUUGGUAUGCAAAUGACAUCAUCCACUCACUAUUUCUUCUAUAUUUCAUUACAUGAAAUAUUAUAAUUUUCCCCUUGUUCUCAUAUGAAACAUUAUUCCUUCCUGAACAUAUGUGUAUACUGUAUAUCAUUGUUUUCCCAUUUUGUGGUUCAAACAAGGGACAAGGGGCUCCUUAUUGUCAAAUCUGUAAAAAUUGAAAUAUUGUAUAAUUCAAACAAUAAAAAACAAAUAGUGAGGAACAUCAUCAACUCUCUCAUUGGCAUAUCACUGAGAUAUGCAUACAACUGUUUUUUUUAAAUGAGCAAGAGUUUAAUAAAAUGUUAUAAAUUUUACAUCCGAUUUUGAUGAACUUUUCAGUGUUAUGCUUGUUUGAAUUUUCUCUUUUUAUUCGAAUUAAGCUUUUCUGGUGUGGACUUGACCAUUGACAAGUGUUGGGUAUGACAACCAAGUAUUAUCUACAGAACCCCGUCAAUAAUUAUUUCCUUAUGCAUUUUAGGAAAGAGAUUAAACCCUUGCAAAUCAGACUCUAAUCACAUACGUUGCCUCACAAAAAGUAUACCCCUUUUUCAGCAUUUUAGAGUUUUUGACACCAUUAUUACGUUAUUUGGGCAGGCAUUAUAUCCUCUUGUAAAUGGAAGUGCCCCCCCCCCAUAAUAUGGGGGGUGGGGCUAAUUCUGAAAGCUUAGUUUUUGACCUCAUAAUAAUGAUGAAUGGAAUGCAGGCUGCCUGUGAUGUAAUCAAAUACAGGUAAAAACUUCAAGACAUAGACAAUUACUUGAUCCAGCUAGUUUGCAACUGCCAGUACUUACCUGCUUGCCUUCAUUCAAAUUAGUAUACCAAUUAGGGAUAUAUGCCAAUAUUUGCUUCUUAUCUUUUUUCCCUUUGUUUCAACAUAGUUUCUAUCGGAUUUCUUCAGUCACUUGUUGCAAACUCAUGUUUGCUACUUAAUUUGUAGCCUGUCAACAAUUCCCUAUGAAUGAGGUAAAAAUGUGAUUCUGUUCUGUGCAGGAACUGAGAGAGAAGUAGGUAGCAAUUGAGAGAUGUGCUAAAUGCCUUUCUGAUCCUUAGGGCCUUGUGGACUUUGAUACAAAGAGAGAGUAUGAAUUAUCAGAAGCGGAUCUAGAGGGGGGGUUGGGGGGGUUGCAACCCCCCCCCAAAAAAAAAAAUCCGGGGACCAUUUUUUAAAAUCUUAUCUUUUUUUUAAAACUUGUAAUGCAAGAAAACGCCAUUUUCACACACAGAUUUUCAAAAAUUUUCCCUACUGUGGGAGGGGGGACACCCCCCUCCCACACCCUCCCCCCUCGCUCGCUUGGACUCGGUGGCUACGCUCCCUCGCAUACCACCCCAACCCCCCCCCCCUUUAUAAAAAGCUGGAUCCGCCCCUGAUUAUACAUAAGCAUGCCACUUUUCUCAGUACAAUGAGGGUUGAUUAUUAAUGUUUUUCACAUUGCUAGAAUUCCAGCUUCUUAAAAUAAAAGAUUAAAUAUUCAUUUUGUUUCUUCCCCCAAAUUAAGAAAAAUCAUUUCUGAGUUUUUCACGUGAAACCAGCAUCAUUAAACAUGGUACAUCAAAGGCCAUCGUGCUGCUGGAGUUUCUCUUGUGUUUCUCGAGAAAUGGAGCUCUGCUUGAAUCAUUUUGUUGCAAUUAUUCAUUAUCAUAUUAUACAAUAAGAACAGUUGCAGUUCCAACAUACAUCCCUGUGGAACAAGAAAAUCUACAGCUUGGAAAUAAUUCGUCGGCGUUCAUCUGAACCGUGGUAUCAGUCAAUUUGGCGAAAAAAAUUAUUUUGGGAUUUUUCUAUAACUAAAUUUCUAGGAUGCAAUUUAUUUAAGUUCUUGAGAUAGAGGGGAUUUUCAAGGCGAUGUCAUACAAAUUUUGUUAUAAAAUACGCAAUCCCAUUAGAAACGUGUACUGUAGCAGAGCGAUACAACGUUUUUGACUGACCGCGAAUUCAAUGCGUGUGGUCAGCUAAGCCGUCGUAUCACACUGCAUUGACUUUGCACGUGAAAAAGCAAUACGACGCUUGACUGAUCGCGCGCAUUGAAAUCACGGUCGGUCAAAACUUUGAAGUCGAUUUUCUCUGAAAUGGGUUUGCACCAUGUAUUUGUGAUUCGACGGUUCGGAGUGUAUGUCUUUCUUUUCUGAAUACAUGUAUCCUGCACAAUGCACAGUUGUAGAAUUAAUGUUGAUGCAUUGUAAGGCUUCAGUUCUAUGAAUAGAUGGAGCAGUUUUAUAUCAUGUAAUAAAAAAAAAUCUGGAUUUUGAUACUGCUUUGCCCACCAUAGUCUUUGUAUUUUUGAUUGCAUCUCUUAAAUGUAAGUUCCUGAUAGUUUUUAGUAACACUUUAAACUCCUCUGUCUACUGCUUGUCCUGCUCCUUCCAUUUUUCUUUUGCCAAGUUAUAUUUCAACUUUCCAUCUACUUUUUCCUUCUUUCUUUUCUAUCUAGCAUUCAUAUUUGGCGAUUAUACAAGGUCGUCAUAUCAACAUGUUUGAAAUGGCCAAUGUUUUCUGAAAACAUUCUUCUAAGCCAUUUUCGCUUCAGGUCUUCCUUCUCAUUCUCCUUCCUCUUGUUUUUUGUUAUGGAUUUCGUCUCCCAUUGUGUUAUUUAUUAGCUGAGUAUUUUAAUGCAUGUUAAGACUUCCUUGUUGUUUUGCAUGCAUUUGUUGUGCUUGAACAUAAACUAUUAAAAAUAAGUUGUAAUUCACAAAGCUGUGGUUUGAU